UUGAAAUGGAAAUGAUAGAUUGAUCUAUUUUUCUAACUUGUCAUUUCAAGAUAGUUGAACUCUGAUUCUAAAGAAUCCAUGGGGUUGCCCACUCUCGCUCCCUAUUUUUCUGGAGGUCCAAAGGAACUUGCCCCAUCCGAAUGGACGAACAUUGUCGAAACAUGGAAGCUUCUGGUAGAUUUAUAUCUCCAACUUCCCGAGAAGGAAUUCAUUGCAUCUCAUGGCGGGUUUCGGGAGUUUCUGACCACAUAUUUGUCGGAGAACGGAGAUCUGAUCCUUCAACAUGUCCGGCUACCUCACGAUGACUCCCUGCAUAAGGCAGUGUUCAUGCUCCUUCAUAGACUUCUCAGCGCCCAUGGAGUCCCCGACUGGGCACUGGACUGGUCAUCCCUAUCAAAUAGCAUUUUGGUCUUUCCCAGGAGCCGAAACCUGCAAGAUUUGUUGAUCGUGGUCUUGCAAAAGCGGUCAGAUAUCCUUGAACCCAACCUUCGGAGAGCAAAGAGCGAGGUCAUCAGUGCGACUACGUUCGAUUUGAAGCGUUUCAAUCAGCUUAUGUUCAUUCCAAUGGUUUCUGAACUUGUCCUAACUGAUACCGACUUCAUGGAUGCCAUGUUCGCUUCCGUCUUCCACCAGGAGGUCAUCACUGUGCUCUACAAAGGAUUCCUUAGCCUAGCCCAGCCUGACAGGCCGAAGUAUUCCUUGUUAGCCGACACAAUCUACAUUUUUCGUUCGAUCGCCAGUUAUCAACCAUUGCUCAACCAGCUAUUCUCACAAACACGACUUCUCGAGGAGUUGAAGCCCCUUCUCAACAUACCCGAAGCAUCAAGAGCAAGGGAUCUGCUGCAAGAUCAAUUCAUUAUUCGGCCGGAAAGCAGAGGAAAGGGAGUUGCGACCGACUCACUGGCACAGUUGCUAGACUUGUUUCCGGACCUCGACCAGUCGGUGGCGACCAUAAUUCUGGAGGAACAUAAUUGCGAUGUUGAGAGAGCCACCGCGGCCUUGUUGGAGCCCCCUGACGAAUCGAAAAACCUUCCAAUACGACGGAAUGUGUUUGACAACGACAAGUUCGAUCGCCUCGCUGUAUCCUCGUCAGCAGUACAGUUUGAACGCUCACAGCGAACUGCCGAUGAUCUCCUUGCCAGCAAUGAAGACCGGUCAGAGCAGAAAGAAGCCAUCUUUUCAGCCCUUGCUACAUUUGAUGCAGAUGAAGAUGAACGAGAUGAUACCUAUGAUGUUGCAGAUGUUGGUGGCACAGUGGACACCACAGAAGGAAUGGAGUCGGAGAAAGAUGAAGAAACUCUCUUCAAGACAUGGCAAGCAAACCCUGCCAUCUUCCAGCGGGAUGGAAACACACGAAGAAGUAGAGAAAGACGGGCACUCAAAACCAACACGGGAUGGACUGAUGAAGCGAUCGAAGGUUGGGCAAUCAUGUUGGGGAGAGACAAUCGCAAGCGACAACAGCUGGAGCAGAAGUUUGCAUUCAGCGGGCAGCAGCAGCAAUUGCCCUCAACGGCGUACCAUAAAGAAGAUGAUGGUGAAGAGUUUUCAAGUGCUCGAGGUAGAGGGCGCGGAAGAGGAUAUGGCCGUGGAAAUACAGGAGGCUCUUCUAGUGACAGAAAUACCCAGGCUGCAAGACAGCACAGGGCAAACCACAAUAGACGGGAUCAAAGAGCGAGAAAAAUGGGACGAGGGAUGUAAUAGUCUUAGGUCGUAUAUCUAUAUAAAUGAAUACGAACCAUGUAAAGUCUAUUGUAACCGGAUAAUAACGGUAUAGGAUGUCGAGGGCCCAAACCACGAAGGAUUUGGUAAGCUGGUAACGCUGUUGAAUUGCUAAAGAGAAAAGGAAGAGAUAUCUCUCACUGCGAUCGGCUAUCUAUUUGGGCUUACAGUUCAGCGCAGGUUCGGAAAAACCUCGUCA